AUGUCUCCAGGAACCUAUCUGAAUGAAAUAAAAAAAGAGGGCAACCUGUCCUGCUUGACUGAAAUUGUACUUUUGGGCUUCUCAGAUGUCCAGAACAUGUGGAUCCUUCUGUUCUGGCUGGUGCUAAUGUUCUACUUGGUGACAUUGAGUGGGAACAGCAUCCUAUUGAUCCUCACUGUGGCCAAUCCUUGCCUUCACACGCCAAUGUACUUCUUUCUCUGCAACUUGUCUUUCUUGGAAAUUGGCUACACUUCAACCAUCAUCCCUAAGAUGCUACAACAUUUAUGGAUGGAGAAUCAAGCCAUCUCAUUUGGGGGCUGUGGGGUUCAGAUGUACUUCUUCAUUCUCUUUGGCAUCACAGAGUGCUGCCUUCUUUGUGUCAUGGCAUAUGACCGGUACAUUGCCAUAUGCAAACCCCUGCAAUAUGCUUUCCUUAUGAGCCUCAGAGAAUGUGCCCAACUGGCUGCCAUCUCAUGGGCCAUUGGUAUUUUGGUGGCCUUUGGGCAGUCUAUUUCAAUAUUCACUCUCCCCUUCUGUGGGCCUAAUGAAAUCAGCCAUUUCUUCUGUGAUGUUCUCCCUGUUUUAAGACUGGCCACUACCAACACCUUCAAGAAUGAAGUGGCAGUUGCCACAGUAACAGUCUUCUUCAUCCUGGUUCCCUUUUUGCUCAUCCUCUUAUCCUACAUCUUCAUCAUCUCCAGCAUUCUCAUCAUGCCUUCGGCCCAGAACAGACACAAAGCAUUCUCCACCUGUUCUUCCCAUCUCAUUGUCGUCUCCCUUUUCUAUGGAACAGUAACUUUCACCUACAUUCGACCCAAAUCAGUUUAUUCCCUGGACAGUGACAGGAUUCUUUCCCUCCUCUACACAGUGGUGACUCCAGCAUUUAACCCAAUAAUUUACAGCCUGAGGAAUAAAGAGAUAAAAGCUGCUUUCAGGAAAUCAAUAGAACGAAAACAAGGCUUCAUCUAGCUCUAUCAAGCACACCUAUCUCAGCUAUCACCUUUCCCACCAGCUCUCUCUCUCACUUUCACAAAUAC